CCUCCGGGUUGAGUCAGCUGCAAGGAAACCUCCAAAACAUAGAGCUCAGUUCCUAGAUGGGCCUCUCAUUCUCCACUUCCGCUCGUCCGCCUAAAUCCGCGCCUGCGCGCUGUGUCUCUUCCUCUCUGGACUCGGACCUAGUUUGCGGCGCCAUGGCUAAGCGCACCAAGAAGGUCGGGAUCGUCGGUAAAUAUGGGACCCGUUAUGGCGCCUCCCUCAGGAAAAUGGUGAAGAAAAUUGAAAUCAGCCAACAUGCCAAGUACACUUGCUCCUUCUGCGGCAAAACCAAAAUGAAGAGACGAGCUGUGGGGAUCUGGCACUGUGGUUCCUGCAUGAAAACAGUAGCUGGUGGUGCCUGGACCUACAACACCACCUCUGCGGUCACAGUAAAGUCCGCCAUCAGAAGACUGAAGGAAUUGAAAGACCAGUAGAAGCUCCACCAUUUUGAAAUAUCUCUAGCCUGUAAUAAAUGGGUUAAUUUAUGUAACGAUUACCUUGA